UGAGCGCCAUCGGCAGCGCAGUCACGUCCGAGUCGGUGAGCCGAACAGACAGCGGUGACAAUGACGUCAUAAGGCGGAAGGUGACGGCGAGGCCGCGGCGUGAGGAAGCGGCGUGAGGAAGGGUCAACAAAUUGCAGUGACGUCGGCCGCCGCACGCUCGCUCGCUCGCUUCGGAUGUCCGAGGCAGAGACGGCACUUUCUUCAGUUUUUUGGAGGAGACCACCGGCCGGUUGAUGCCGCCGCGCCGUGGCGUGCGCUGCUGCAGCGGCGUCGGCGCCGCCACGCAGGCGCUGAUGGUGUUUGCGCUGACGUUCUGCGUGGCGCUUCCGGCCAUCUGCCACCGCCUGCCGCACUCCUACUACUUUGUGCGCUCGGCCUACCUGGACGUCAUGAGCCGGGACGCCUUGCACCAGAGUCUGCGGCGCGGUCAGGACGCUCUGCUGUUCUGGCAAAAGGCGACCCCCGCCGCCGCCACCACCACCACCGAGCAUCCCGAGCUGCUGGUUACCGUGGUGACAACGCGGCGGCGGCGCGAGGCUCUCCCUUACCACUACCUUCUGCAGGUGACGCGGCAGCUGAGUGGUCUCCUGGGCGGCUGCGGGGAGCGGCCCUGCGCCCAGGUGGUGCUGUGCGACGUGGAGAGCGGGCCGGACGCCAACGAGGACGCCGUACUGCUGGAGCGCCACUUCCGCGUGAUCCGCCGGCCGGCCGGCCAGCGCCUAGGCCGGCCCGCCAACACCUUUGAGCGCGAGAAGCGGGACUACGUGUUCUGCCUGCGCCGCGCCUUCCAGCUGGCGCUGCCCCAGAACAUGUUGGUCCUGGAGGACGACGCCCUGCCUCAUCCGGACUUCUUCGGCGUGGUGAAGGAUCUCCUGAGACGGCGUUUUGCCGCACGCUCGCUCUACAUCAAGCUCUUCCACCCCGAGCGGCUGCAGCGCUACUGGAACCCGGAACUUUACCGCAUCCUGGAGUGGUUGGGUCUGGGCCUGCUGGGCGCCACCCUGCUGCUGCAGCUCCUGAGCGUGUGGAACCCGUGCCGCUGGUCCCUGCGCAUGUCGGCCGGCCACCUGGCGCUCCUGGCCGUGUACGUGAUGGCGGGCGCCGAGCUGCUGGGUCGCCACUACCUGCUGGAGCUGCGCCGGCUGUCCCCGCAGCUGUACGCCGUGUCGCCCGCCACCGAGUGCUGCACGCCCGCCAUGUUGUACCCGGGCAACGCCUCGCUAAGGGUGGCCGACUACCUGGACCGAGCCUUCUGCUUCCAGGGCAACGCCAAGGACACGGUUCUCUACCAGGUGUUCCGCGACACGCCCGGAGAGUGGGCGCACAGCGUGGAACCCAACCUGGUCACGCACAUCGGAGCCUUUUCCUCCGUCAGGCCCAACCCGGCCCACCCCAAACUGCUUUGAGCAGGGUGUGUUACCGGGCACCUCUACUGGAGUCAAGCGUGGCCUGCGAGCUUCUGAUCAAGUCGCAGCGCUUUCCGUUUGGUGGCGGUGUGCUGCCGCAAACGUCCUUUUCAAUCUGUGCCUUGCCCGACCGACCCGGCCUUAUUUUUGCCUUUCAAAUGCGUGAUGUGAGGCGAGGCUGCAAUGUGUCUCCAGUCCAGUAGGUGCCGCUCACCAGUAGGUGCCGCUCACCAGUAGGUGCCGCUCACCAGUAUGCCGCCGCGCCUCAGCUGUCACGUAUUGUCAUGUUUACCAAUUUGGAAGUUGACUCCAACGUUUAGUCAGAGAGGUGAGGCGAACGCUCCAAUCACAUUUGUACUUCAUUGAAAAUCAUUAAAGGGUUCAAAACUG